UAACGGCGGCGGCCCUACCCAAGUAAUAAAAUUUUCAGCUAACCAAAGCGGUUGUGAAGUGUACGCGCCACCGCACACCAAAACCCGCCAAAUCCCGAAAGCUUGCGUGAAAAGUGGUGCUGAGUUACUGAUCAUAUCUGGAAGCAACACCACCGACUUCUCUCAUACAUUUCACACGCGAAUUUUCUAGGGUUUUGGUCAGGAGCCCCAAAAUUUGGGGCAAUUGAAGAACCUAGGGUUUGCUAAUCAGUCCAAGAAGCAAAAACCCAGUUCGUUUCUGAUUCGAUUGAGCUAGGGUUUCUCGACCUUGGUUCAAAAAUGGCGAUAAUCGGCGACGCGCUUCGCCAGGCGUUCAUGCCAAAGCGCGAGUACGAGAGCCUCCGGGAGGAAGACAGGGCGUGGGAGAAGCUCCAGAGACCGCUGUUAAUGGCUUCCGUGGCUUUGGUCUGCCUCGUCGUUGUUGUGUGCACGGUUAUCAGCUUGAAUAUUGUGUUUCCGGCCGACCCGACUAAGAGACCGUUCUGCGGCGACCGGAGGCUUAAUUCGUUGCCGAUGAAUGUGAGAGGCGGGGAUUCCGAUCUGUUUCCCGGAGCUUUUUAUCUUACGGAUCAGGAGAUUGCGGAUUACUAUUGGAUGGUUGUGUUCAUUCCCUCCUUGAUCAUUUUCUUGGCUACUUUCGUGUACCUUGUCGCGGGAAUCAUUGUUGCUUAUUCUGCUCCAACACGACAUGGAUGCUUAAGGGUUGUUGAAAAUAACUAUUGUGCUUCAAAAAGAGGUGGGGUUCGAUGUCUAUCGAUUCUGAAUGCCGUCUUUGCUGUCAUAUUUGGUCUACUUGCAUUGUUUCUUGGUUCAAGCCUCCUCACACAAGGAAGCUCCUGCUCUGUGCCCCUUUUCUGGUGCUAUGAGGUUGGUUCUUGGGGAAUGGUUAUUUUAUAUGGAGGAACCGCCUUUUUUCUAAGAAGGAGAGCAGCGGCAAUCCUUGAUGAGGGAGAUUUUGGUGGUCGAAACCUGGGGCUAGAAAUGUUGGAGAAUCCUGUAGAAGUUUCACCACAGGUGGAAAGGCCGGUUAACGAAGGGUUUAAAGCAUGGAUGGGGUCAUCACUCCUAUCGUCUGAUGAAGAAGAUGAACCUGGCAGUUAUUAAGAACUUUCUUACAUACCUCCGUCAACUCUAACAUGCAAAUGGUGUGGUAUUUACGUGAAGCCUUUCAGAACUAAACAGCUUCCCGCAGAUUUUUUGACAAAUUCAGGAGUGGAUAGAGUAGUUUGAAAUUCAACGUUGGCUUGUUGAAGAUGCCAGCUUUGAAACGGUUCUAGUGAUGAUGUAACACAGAGUGAAAGCUAAUUUUCGGACAUAGCUUCAUGUUGAUUUUGUAACCUUUGUUGCACAUGCCCUCUUUGGUAGCCUGUGAAUAUCUAACCAGAUUUCUCUCUC